GAGCGCGAGGAGGAACGGCUGAAGAAGCGCCAGGAAUUCAAGCAAGAGAUGCUCAAGCAAGGUGAGCACGCGCAGUGGAGACUGGAUUCGCAGAACCGGGAAACCAUCGAGAAGUGGGAGAAAGAGGAGAGGGAUCGAUGGGAGGCGGAGGUCUUCCGAUCCUUUGACGAGGAGACUGGCGCCCUACUUCCUGACACGGAGCCGACAAUUGAGGAUAUCACUGAAGAGGACCGGGCCGACGACGUGAGGGAGGCGCCAGCAGCCAAAGUGCCGGAGUCUACACCGAAGGAAUCGAAGCCGGCCGAAUCGCCAACUUUACUGGUGAAGGCCAACGACCAGCCAAUCUGGAAGGAGGAGGAACUCGAGGAGACAGAGGAGUAUGUCCCCGACGUGCGUGACAAUCCCGGCAAGAUCGGCAUCCGCUUCACCAUGCGGCCACGUCCAGGCGUUCCGGUGCGCGACCGAGGACGCAAAGCGCCGCCCUUUCCCAAGGAUGCCCCGAAGACCGAUGCUCCUCCCAUGAUUGCUGGUGACGAAGAAGACGAGAGCGAUCCCGUCUGGCUGAAAGACAAGGGUGACAAGCUGAUGACGCUGGGAGACUACCAGGGCGCCUACAACGCUUACACGGAGGCACUGAAGCUUGCCUCAAACGCGCGAUGCUUCGCGAAUCGCGCUGUGGCCGCUUUGUAUCUCGGCAACUUCGAGCAGUGCCUGGAGGACUGCAACAGAUCCAUCCAGAUCUUGGAUUUCAGGAACAAGCCCCGCCCCGGAGAGAUGUCGCACACUGCCGACCCUGAGGAUGAAAAGGUCCGAGCUCGUGUGGAGGUGAGAAUGGGCGUUGCAUACCUCUGGCUGGGUGCCUUUCAGAAGGCAGAGGCUCACUUUGAGAAGGCUCUGGGCAGCGAGGGGUUAGAGCUCGAGGAAUCCAAGCAGGUGCGCCUGGAUCUCCAGCGCGUCCAGGCAGCGAAAAAAGCGCUGCAGGAGAAGGAGCAGGCCGACCAGACGCUCCGUGGCGCAACCGGCGAUGAGAAGGAGGUUCUUGAUAAGGCCCUCCAGCUCUACAGCGAUGCAGAUGCCACAUCCCAGCAG